CUCCACAAGACCUAACCCUCGGUAUAUUAACCCUACGGAGCUCGUCCCCAAUCUCCACCUACCCUACCCAGUUCAAAGGUUCAACCGAUCAUGGCGUCUUCGUUGAUGCUCAGCACGGCAGCUCGUCUUCCCUCGUCCUCGCUCGAGAUCCGCGCCGCUCCCCGUCGCCGCUCCGCCGCCGCCUUCACAGUCCGCGCCGAGGGUGGAAUCAACCCCGACGUCCGCAAGAACGAGGAGAAGGUCGUCGACUCCGUCGUCGCCUCCGAACUCACCAAGCCUCUCACCGCCUACUGCCGGUGCUGGAGAUCGGGCACGUUCCCGCUCUGCGAUGGAAGCCACGUCAAGCACAACAAAGCCACCGGCGACAACGUCGGCCCGCUCCUGGUCAAGAAGUAGGCGAAGCCGCUGGGCAGAUGAGUCGAGAAAGGGUGAUUGAAUUUGGCAAAUAAAUGAAGCACUCGAUGCUCUGUUUUGUGUUUCUUUCUUGUGGAAAAAUGCAUCUGGUAUUCUGGUUCAUGCCCAAACACUACCGAAUAGAUCAGGGCUUUGUCCUUUAAAAGA